AUGGCUAGUUCAGCGUUUCCACAGACAUGUCGCGAAAGGCUGGAGGGUCAACAGGCGAGCAGCGGAAGAGAGAUCCAAGGGCGGCAGAGCGAGGCCCAAGCCCGCUCAUCUACCAGCGGAGGGCACCGCUGCCACGGCUGCCUGCAAAAGGCCGCGGAGGUCAAGGAGUUGAACGAGUCGCUCGAGCUGGUGAGGGUGAGGUCGCGCGCGGCGGUAGACCGCUGCAACGCACUGACAGUGGACCUCGAGCGCGGGCGUGAGGACUCCCGGCAACUGGAGAGCUCUCUGGAGGAGGCAAAGUCAGAAUUCCUUCGAGUGCAGGCUUCUCUCCAUGAGCUCGAAUCGGAGAAUGUUGUUCUUCGCGCUCAGGCCGCGGAGAGGGCAAGCUCUUCUGCUGCAGCAGCACUGCUACAGAGCCUAGCGGCCGCCCCCCCUGCCGCCGCCGCCGCCACCGCCGCCGAGGGGGGAGGGAUGGGUACCGAACAGGGCGGGGCGGCCGUACCGCCAGUGGACGAAGGCCUCGGAACCGCGUUCGUCCGACGUCGGCUGGAAAACGCCUGCGCCAAGGCCGUCUUCGCCCAGCGCGCGUUGGAUCCCGAGCGCGGGUUGCUCCGGAUGAGCGACGAGCUCGGGACUGGUGGGCACGGCACCGUGCACCAGGCCGUGGACCCGACCACGGGGAAGCGCUACGCGGUCAAGACCGCCAACGACGAGGAAGGCAAGGCCUGCCUGAAGGAGGAGGCGAAGAACCUCAUCCGGCUCGGACCUCACGAGGGCGUCGUGGAGGUGGAGGCCAUUUUGGACAAGGACGACUCCUUGGCUAUCGCAAUGGAGCUCGGGCAAUCCGACCUUCAACGGGCAAUGUUUAGCAACGAGCACGCCCCGGCCGACCUCCUGAGGUAUGUCGCGUAG